CUGGUAAGUCGACGGUAAAAGAAGAGUCUGCCAUAUUGCAGUGAUACAGCGACUUUAACAGAAAGAUAACUCGUGAACAAUUCUGUGGGACAAAGAUGCUUUCAGCGCAGAAUUUUGGAGACUCCGGGAAGAUGAAAGAAUAUCAUUACACGGGUCCAGUGGAGCACCGCUUCUCACCGUACACCUUCAACGGCGGCACUGUAUUAGCUGUUGCCGGGGAAGACUUCGCCAUCGUAGCCUCAGACACUCGGCUGAGUGAAGGCUACUCCAUCCACAGCCGGGACUCGCCUAAAUGCUACAAGCUGACAGACACAACCGUCAUAGGAUGCAGUGGUUUCCAUGGGGACUGCCUGACUCUAACUAAAAUCAUCGAUGCCAGACUAAAGAUGUAUAAACAUUCAAACAAUAAGACCAUGACCAGUGGAGCCAUCGCUGCCAUGCUGUCUACCAUCUUGUAUGGCAGGAGGUUCUUUCCUUACUAUGUCUACAACAUCAUCGGAGGACUGGAUGAGGAGGGAAAGGGCGCAGUGUACAGUUUUGACCCAGUGGGCUCUUAUCAGAGAGAUACUUACAAGGCUGGAGGAUCAGCAAGUGCCAUGCUUCAGCCGCUGCUUGACAACCAGAUCGGGUUUAAGAACAUGGAGGGUGUGCAACAUGUCCCUCUGUCUCAGGAGAAGGCAGUGCAGCUGGUCAAAGAUGUCUUCAUCUCAGCAGCAGAGAGAGAUGUCUACACCGGAGAUGCCCUUCGGAUCUGCGUCAUCACUAAGGAGGGCAUUAAUGAGCAGACUAUACCGCUGAGGAAAGACUGAGGAGUGAAAGCAAUGUAUCCAUCUGCCUCUGCUUUCUUCUUUGCUCUGUUCUUUCCACAUUCACGCUGUUGGUUUGACUCUUACGCAUCCAAGUUUCUUAAAACAGGAGUUCUGUUUCAGUCUUUGGUGUGAGGCUUUUACUGGAGAGCUUAUUUUCUUUAUCGGUUCACUAUCUGUCAAUGUCCAGUGUAUGCCAAUCAUCUCCCCAAAUAUUGAGUUAAUGUUUCUACUAUUGGGAUAUUUUACCUUUAUUGGAAGAAAACCAUUUAUGAGAUCAGGACUCCUGUUCUGAGAAACUUUGUCUCCACUCACCCCACCCUCUUCUCUGAUUCUGUCUGGAUUUUUCACUAUGUUCUGGAAAGAUACAUACUGCUAUACUUUUUACAUUCUUAAUAAAUGUUAAGAACUGAAAA